CGACGUCCCAUUGUUUAUGUUUUCAUCAGCCAUGUGUGAUACACGUCAGAACGAAUCGUGUUCUUCGGAUUUCAUUGAAAAUUCCUGUAUUCCAAGUAUAACAGUUAAAUGGGGUUCACACACGUUUGAAAUUAAAGAUAUCUACGAUGACACAACGGUCCGGGAUCUCAAGCAGAAAAUAUUCAUGAAAAUUGGCAUUCGACCAGAUCGGCAGAAACUGCUUAACCUCUGUAAAGGAAAAUUACCAGAUGAUAAUCAAACAAUUGGCGAACUGAAUCUAAGGUCAGGCUUCAAACUAAUAGUCAUGGGAUCCAAAGAGGAGGACAUCAUCGAUUCUGUUUACAGUCUUCCCGGAAGUUUGAAAAUGAUAGAAAGUCGUCAACAGUCUCGGAAAUGCAGUCAUUCAAGGACGCAAAUUGAGGAGUGCAAUCCAAUGCUUCCUGAGAGGAAGAAGAUAAGAGGAAUUACUAAUCCUGUGGACUACGAGAUUUACCUCACCAAGAUUCAGCAAAAAAUUAGAAAUGGGAGGAUCAAGCAGCUGGAGCACAUGGACAGCAGUAAGAAGCUCCUAGUUAUUGGGAUAAACGAUGGGUUAUCUAGCAUCAAGCUAAAUCGUCAGGGGAUGCAUGCCUUUUUGACUCAGGCGUAUCAACACUACAAUAUAGCCAUCUGGAGCUGUUCAACAUCGACGUCAAUCAGGAGAACACUUCUGGCACUGGCUCACAAGCAAAAGUACAAUAUCUGUCUUUAUUUGGAUCAGAACUCGAUGAUAUCGACAUUUGAACCCAAUUAUGGAUCUAUCUGCAUCAAACCUCUUGAUAUAAUUUGGAUGAACUACACCAAUUGGUCUGAGAAAAACACUAUUAUAAUUGAGGACAAGUGGUUAAAUGUUUUCAUCAACGAAGAGUCGGCUUUGAUCAUCAGAAGGAUGAGCGGUGGAGGCAGUUUCGAUAAUAAUCUGCUUCUUGAGAAAAUUGGGGAGUAUCUCAAACUGAUUGGUGAGCUCAGUGAUUUCAGAGUACUCAAUCAUAAAAAGUGGAUUGAUUAUAAGAAUCAGGAGAGUCGGAAGAGGUUCAUUGAGAAAAUUGGGCCCCUGCCUGAUGAAAGGGAGAUUAUUAGAUUUCUAAAUGGAGACCAAAGAUUUGAAAAAUAUAAUUCUAGUUCCGAUAACGAGUACAUUCCGGGAAAUACAAAACGUAUGAAGCUGGAGAGUGAUGAUAGUUUUUACGAUAAGAUUGAGAGGAAAUGCGAGGAGUAUAGCAUCAAGGAAUUGAGUCCCCUGAAUCAGCAGAAAAAGCUGUUGGUUUUGGACAUUGAUUAUACUCUAUGUAAUCCAGAUUGCCGACUGGCACGCCCUUAUCUCCACGAAUUCCUGGCUAAAGUGUACAAGUAUUAUGACAUUGUCAUUUGGGCUGGCUCCAACAGGAAUUGGACGUAUGGAGCUCUGACUGAUCUGAAUAUUCUAAUAACAAGAAUCUACAGGAUUGCCUUUUAUCUUGACGAGCAGGCAAUGAUCCCAGUGGAAACACCAAAGAUUAUUGGCUCCAUUAAUGUCAAACCUCUUGGUCUCAUCUGGAGAAAAUAUGCGAGCUAUUCAGCUAGAAAUACCAUCAUCAUCGAUGACGAGAAGAGCAAUUUCCUCAUGAACCCACAGUCUGGAUUGGAGAUCCAACCUUUUAUACUGAAUCAGGCAAACUGCACUGAUGAUGCCGAACUACAAUUCUUGACAGAGUACCUGGAGCUCAUAGCUGAAGUCGAAGACUUUCGGACCCUCAAUCAUAAAGAGUGGAGGGACUACAAAUUAUUCCAUAAUAAACGGGACACAAAGAAGAACUAGACACUGAUAUUCAUAGGAUGCGAGUUUUUUUAAGAGUAUUAACAAAGGAGAGACAGUCUCCCGACUGAAGUCCUACCUCGAAUCUACCUCAUUGUUUCUUAAUUAAGGGUAGAGUUCAUGUGGAGAUGACUGAACUGUCGUUCUUUUAAGUGCUGACUGCAAUAUAAAGGGAUACAUUUUCUAUUUGAGACUUAUAUUCGAACAACUCAAUCAGUCCGGAAUAGUGUGAAAUUUUUCGUUAAAUAAUUCCUCGUGAAUUAGUGAUGACGGAAGUAAUGAGAUUUUUGCGUAAUAAAAAUCAUUACA